GACAAACCAGUAGUUUGAAAAUGAAUGUUGUGUUACACAGAGUAGACUGAGGCCAGCAUAUUUUGGGUCUAGCCGCUGACUGAAUAGAGCGUGCUUAAGCAGACCGUAGCAGUCCAGAGAACCGGCAACCAGAACUGAAACAAGGAAUCUAAAGAGUUUGCUUCCAAGGAUGCACUUGAUCGUGUGUGAGCCCGCUGCCAUGUCCACAGCCGUGGUGAUGGACCCACCCAGGGACGACAGCAACUUGCAGUCAUCCUGUGGCACCGGGGACAGCAUCGCCUCACUGGAUGAUGUCACUAUGGAUUCCACAGCCAAUGAGUCAUCAGAGGAGGAGUCAGCUGGCGAGAGGGAAGCGGAGACUGGGGCCAACACUGAGCUCACCAACAAUCCCACAGACAUCCCUACUGGACGGCCCACACACACACAGACAGUGAGUGCCCAGCGGCCAGACUCUCUGUCCCUGGCGGUGGCUAAGCCGGACUUGUGGACAUCGUGCGGUGACGGGGAGGUGAAGCUGAGGAUGGGGGAGUCAGGCUUUGCCUCUGAGCCCCCACUCACCAUAGACCAGAUGUUUAAGACUUCUGUGGAGAGGUUUGGCAGCUACACUGCCCUGGGCUGGAAGGAGGGAGAGCAGACCAAGACAAUCAACUACCAGGAGUACUACCAGGCCUGCCGCACAGCUGCCAAAAGCUUCCUCAAGCUUGGCUUGGAGCGCUACCAUGGGGUCGGCAUUCUGGGCUUCAACUCUGCUGAGUGGUUCAUUUCUGACAUUGCUGCCAUUCUGGCUGGUGGGUUUGCAGUGGGCAUCUACACCACCAACUCCCCAGAGGCUUGCCAGUACGUAGCAGAGAACUGCAAGGCCAACAUCAUCGUGGUAGAGAAUCACAAGCAGCUGCAGAAGAUCCUACAGGUUCAAGACAAGCUGCCACACCUGAAAGCAAUUAUCCAGUACAAAGAUGCACUUAAAGAGAAGAGACCAAACCUCUACACGUGGGCGGAGUUUAUGGAGCUGGGCCGUGGUGAGCCCGACACACAGCUGGAUGACAUCAUCGCUAUCCAGAAGCCCAACCAGUGCUGCACACUGAUCUACACAUCAGGUACCACAGGCCAGCCCAAAGGAGUGAUGCUCAGCCACGACAAUCUAACAUGGACAGCGUUCGCAGUAGGCCGCUAUGUCAGGUUGACAGAAGCCACCAAGUCUCAGGAGAUAGUGGUCAGCUACCUGCCCCUCAGCCACAUCGCUGCUCAGAUGGUGGACAUCUGGGUCACCAUGAAGGUCGGAGGGGCAACAUACUUCGCCCAGCCAGACGCACUAAAGGGCUCUCUGGUUAACACGAUGAGAGAGGUGCGUCCCACAGCCUUCAUGGGCGUACCACGUGUCUGGGAGAAGAUGCAGGAGAAGAUGAAGUCCGUCGGGGCCAAGUCGUCCACCGUGCGCAGGAAGGUGGCAGUCUGGGCCAAAGGAGUGGGGCUGCAGACCAACCUCAGCAAGAUGAACCAGAAUGGAGCUAUGGCGAGGACACCCAUGAACUACCGCUUGGCCAAGAAGCUGGUGUUCAAGAAGGUCCGUAAGGCCCUGGGUCUGGACCGUUGCACCAAGUGUUACACAGGCGCCGCCCCCAUCACCAAGGACACCCUGGAGUUCUUCCUCAGCCUGGACAUCCCAGUGUACGAGCUGUACGGAAUGAGUGAGAGCACUGGACCUCACACCAUCUCUCUGCCCGAAGCAUUCCGCCUCACCAGUGUUGGGAAGUUGAUCCCUGGUUGUGAGACUAAGAUUAACAAUCCUGACGAGGAGGGCAACGGGGAGAUCUGCUUCUGGGGGCGCCACGUCUUCAUGGGCUACCUCAACCAGGCCGACAAGACAGAGGACGCCCUGGACGCUGAGGGCUGGCUACACUCUGGAGACCUGGGCAAACACGACGACAAUGGCUUCCUCUUCAUCACUGGACGCAUCAAAGAGCUGAUCAUCACAGCGGGUGGAGAGAACAUCCCUCCAGUGCCAAUUGAGGAUGCUGUGAAGGAGGCCGUGCCGCUGGUUAGCAAUGCCAUGCUCAUUGGAGACAAGAGGAAGUUCCUCGCCAUGCUGCUCACCAUUAAGUGCCAGGUGAACGGAGACACUGGUGCUCCUGAGGAUGAGCUGACGCCCGAGGCCAUAGAGCUGUGCCGGAAGCUGGGCAGCAACGCCACGCGAGUCUCAGAGAUCGCCGGUGGGCGUGACCGGGUCAUCCAUGCCGCUAUCCAGGAGGGUAUCAACCGCGUGAACGAGAAUGCCACCUCCAACGCCCAGCGCAUCCAGAAGUGGACCAUCCUAAACCAGGACUUCUCCAUCACCGGGGGAGAGCUGGGCCCCACUAUGAAGCUGAAGAGGCCGGUGGUCAUGAAGAUGUACAAAGAGCAAGUAGAGAAUUUCUACAAAGAGGUGGUGACCCCAAGCACCCCUGAUAACUCCCUGCCCCCCAAAUAGGCAUGGGACAAAUGCCCCUGCAGAGCAAUUCAGAGAAACACUACAAAAUACAUGCAGACAGAACAGUCUCUCUCUCACACAUACACCACCUCUUACAGACAACCACUCCCUGUUCAGUUCCUGUUUCUCUCCUGUGAAAAUGUUUUGCUAGCUUCCUCCUUUCAUUAUUGGGUUUUUAUUUACAUUUGUGGGUGUUGUAAAGACAAAAUAUAAGGAAAAACAUCCAUGAGAAGCCAUUGUAAGCCAUUAGGAUUUUUUAAAAAGAUUAGUUGUUGAUAAGCUGAUUUCAACUAUUUAUUUGUAUUAUUGUGAUGAAGAACAAUAAUAUACGAUAGAUGAAGUGCAGUUGUAUGUGAUGAGGCAUUGUUCAUUUACUGUGAUACUUGCGACUAAAUGGCAUAGAAUCCAAAAAGUCCAUAGGAAAUGGUAGGAGAAUCUUGGGGAAAAGUGUUACUCACAAUUUUUAUUUUUGCCAAAGUCAGAAAUUACUUGGACCAAAUACACACAUUGUAUGAGAAAUAAUUAUUGAGCUGAAAACUGUAGAUGCAAGUUUUUAUUCACAUCCAGUGUUUGCUGGCCUGGAUUAAAAAUAAAAGACGAAGUAAAAUGACAGGGAAAGAAAACACAUUGUUCUAUUUAUUAUUGUUGUAUUGUUUUGCUCUGUCUGCGUUGGUCUGGUUUCAGAGUUUUGUUGUAUUGUUUUGCUCUGUCUGCGUUGGUCUGGUUUCAGAGUUUUGAUGAAAGUGCAUCUAUCAUUGUGUUGUAGCUCCUAAAUCGUGCAGUUCUGCAAUAAAAACACAAGACAAGCCCUGGGACAUCCAAUGACAAAUUAAGUUGUAGAUUUUGUUAAAGCCUUGGCGCCAUAAGCACAUGGCACAAUGUUGAACUUCUGCACCUACCUUAUCCUCAAGAGAGCAUCCAAAUUAAUUUCUUCAUGCUAUGGAACCAUAUCAUUCAAGCCAUAUUAGUUUAGCCUUAUGUUUUGUAUCCAAUGCGUUCUAUGUAUUCUGAUAGUCUGUGUCAUACAGCCUACAUAAUUGCCUGGUCUUGUUGGAAUGUUUUAUAACAAUUCUGUGUAAAAUUGCUGUGACAAUUGUUAAAUACUGUAAAUAUGUUUUGCUUACAUUUCCUCUUCUCUGGUCUUUAUUAGGACCAUUUUAUUACAUUGAAUAGUUUCAGAGAAUUUGUUAGUCUACAGAUCAUCAGUCUUGUCUAUAAGUGUGAAAUUAUCCACCACUUUCCUCACGCAUACCUGCACAACGCAGACGCGUGUGAUCAGAAAAUAUUUUGGUCCUUGCACCACUGAAUUUGUCUUUCUGAAAACCGGUUCAUUACAUGUUCUCUGGAGUAAGCUUCAAUCUAAACAGAAGAGAAUACAGAGGAAAUUGAAUAGCUUUUCAAAAUAAGCAUUCAUCCUGAAACAUUGUAGAUCCAAUCAUACUUAAGACAGGUGUGGACUGGUGUUCGCUCUUAUUACACUGCAAAUACUCUCCCUAAACUCCAUAUAUAUAUGCUGAGUGGAAUUUCAAAAACCAUGUAUCUGUCUCUGUUACCUACUGUACAUGUUAUGAGAACUUGUGGACUUCUGUGUCUUAUUACUGGUUAAGUGUAUUUGGGCCACUUGUCAGACCUUUGAAUCAGUACUUGCAAAACAUACUCCCAGGUACAUUAGAAUAGGAAGAAAUUAGUUUAAUUUGUGAUUCUAAGACUUUUGCUUCCAGCACCUUUGACCAUUAUCUUUGAUGAAAUACUUGAAUUUGAAGAGACGUUUAAAAAUAACUAAGUCCUAAUACAAUCCAAAGAUCGCAUUUGUAAACAGUUGCCACUAACAUUCCAUUGUCUCAGACGAAAGUAGGUCAAGCCCUUUGCAGUUUGUAGAGAUGUUAGAGGGCUUCCAUAUUCAGCAGAGAGAAGCUCAACAACUGGAAACCCAUGUUGAUGUUUCAGGAAGACCUGUAAAUAAACUAUUAGCUUACCAAGA